AUUCCUAGAUAGAAUUGGUUCGAACUCAGAAUCUGAACCGACUCAUCGUGAGAAGGAAAAAGUAAAACAAAACCAGCAGAAGGCCACAAUCGAAGUCCAUCGCGAGAGCGAAGAAGAAGAAGAAGAAGAGAAAUGUAUCAUCCUACCAGAGGUGGCGUUCGCGGUGGUCGAGAUCAAUUUAGUUGGGAUGACGUAAAGGCUGAUAAGCAUCGGGAGAACUAUAUUGGUCACAGUAUCAAGGCUCCUGUUGGAAGAUGGCAGAAAGGGAAAGAUCUACACUGGUAUACCAAGGACAAAAAAUCUUGGAAUGCAGAAAUGGAGGCUGCAAAAGAAGAAAUAAAAAGAAUUAAGGAACAGGAGGAGCAAGCCAUGAGGGAGGCCCUAGGCUUAGCUCCUAAACGUGCUAGCCGACCUCAAGGUAAUCGGCUUGAUAAGCAUGAGUUAUCUGAACUUGUGAAGCGAGGCUCUACUGCAGAGGACUUGGGUGCAGGCCAUGCUGAAGCUGCUCAUGUUCAUGGUCUUGGUUUCGCAAGAUUACCUCGCCCUGGGGAGGAAACAAGUUCUCUUCAACCCACAGUGAGUGAUGUUUCACCUGAAACGAGAAAGGUGUCUAUGGCUGAUCAGUCACCAAGAAACACUCAAGAAAAGGAAUCAGAGGAUGAAAGCAGUCGAAAGAAAAGGAGGCGUGAAGAGAAGAAAAAGGAAAAGCAUGAAAGGCGCGAGAAGCGGCAUUCUCAUGAUUUGGAUGACAAGAGGAAACACAAGAAAGACAAGGAGAGAAGGAGACACGACUCAGACUAAUAUGUUCAUAAAAAUCUGUAACUUGUAUUUCACUCUUCUAUGUUUGUGAUAGAUAUAUUUUUUGGAAUUAGAUUUUACAUAUUUUAUGUAGUUUCAACUUUCAAAUGAAGAUUAUAUGUUUGUAUUUGUGCUGGUGAUAGACAGACAGACUUGCACGACUGCACAGUCUAUUAUAUAACCGCAGAUAGAAGAGAAAAUUUGUGUUCACAA